CUUUCUAGACUCGCUUAGCGAUUGCAACACGUCACGGCUCGAAAAACAGAAAUACGACGAUCUACUGCAUUGCUUAUGUGUAUAAAUUUAUUUUCUAUAUAAAUCAAAUAUAAGUAAAUAAUGAGCGACGAAGAGCACCUUUGUCAAGAGGGUGGCGAGGAGGAAGAGGAACAGGAAAUCUUUGAUGAUGGAAUGGAAUACACCGAACCUGGACAGCAAAAGGUCGACAAGCCAUCGAAGGAUGAGAAGAAUGUCGCCAAAUGGUUGAAAAAGAAUGUGAAGACAAAGAAGACGAAAUUCUUGAGUCAUGUUGUCGAGUACUUUACGUCGAGUAAAGCCAUUGACGCGCUAAUGAAGUCCAAAUUCGCCGAGGGUGAUAAUCCAUUGUUUACCACACGUGAACAGGCCGUCGAGUUUUUGGACGUAAUGCUGGAGCAUAAGUUUUUCCAUCGCGCCAAAAAGGUUCCCGUGACCCUGGAGGAGCUGCGAGGCAAGUCGGAGAAAAAGUCAGAGGUGAGCAAGACGCAGGAAAAGGACAAAACAGAAACGACUAGCGGUAAGACCAAUACCAAGUCCUCAACAUCAUCAGAUAAAAAGGACACCGAUCUCGACGUCGAUGGAGAUGGCGCACAGGCCGCGACUGCCGGUGAUAAGAAGGAGAAAAAGAAGCGCAAAAUCCGCCUCGACAUGCAUCCAGAGCAGAUCUUUGUGGACGGCUCUGAGGCCUAUGUGUGGAUCUAUGAUCCCAUUCCGCUGCACUAUUGGAUCUUUGGCUUCAUAUUGCUGCUUGGCGCCGUGGGCAUCUGUCUGUUUCCUUUGUGGCCGCCGAUGCUGCGCAAGGGUGUUUACUACUUGUCAAUAGCCGCAGCCGGUUUCUUGGUGUUCAUAUUGGCUUUAACUGUUGUGCGCCUGAUCGUGUUUACCAUUGUGUGGGCUCUGACCGGCGGCAAACUGCAUUUCUGGAUCUUUCCGAAUCUGACCGAAGAUGUUGGCUUCUUUGCCUCCUUCUGGCCAUUGUACGAGAGCAAUUACGUUAACGACACAUCCGCAGCAACAUCCGCCUCGAAGUCCGACAAGAAAUCCAAAUCUAAAUCGAAGAAAAAGGAUAAAGACAGCGACGCUGAAGAAGAUACGGCUGUUGAUGCAGACGCCGAUGGUGAUGCUGAAGCUGAUGCGGAUGCGGAUGUAGAUGCAGAAGCGGCACCAUUGGAGCCCGAGAAAAUUGAGCUGAUUAAGGAGCACGAUGCCGAUAUGGAAGUGCGAAAGCGACGUAAAGUUGGUGCUGAUGAAUACGAGGACGACGACGAAGAUACAGCCGAAGGCGUUGAGAAGGAGGCAACGGCGCAAGCCAAGGAUACCAAAGCUGGCACGCCACGCAGCUCGGGAUCGGAUUCGGAGAGCUCAAGCAAAGAUUACGAAAUAAUUAGUUCAAGUGAAGUGCAAAACGUUGCGCGCAACUGAGUGGAAAUAAAUACGGCAGCAGGGGCAGCAGCAGCAGCAGCAACAGCAACAGCGGAAGCAGCAGUAGCAGCAGCAGUGGCAAAACGAAACUCGGACAGAUUCUAUGCUUUACUGUAUUUAAAUCAACCACAUCCAAUUCUAGCUAAUUGAUAAGGCAAAUCUAGCAACAAUUCACGUUGAUUCCAAGCAGAUUGAAACAUAUGCCGGGCUUUUCCCGGCCAUUAAGCAAACAGUCCAUAAAUAGAAACUCAAAUUGUUUUCUUUGUAG